AUGAGCUACACAACAUCACAGACACUCCAUGGCGAUUGGGGUAGCUCCGUUGCGGGGAGACUCGCCGGAGACUUGACCGCUGCUGCAGUAUCGGCAUCGCUGAUCGCGCCUACAGUGACCAUUAUUGAUCGAGCCCUUGUCGAACGAGCCUCGUCCAACAGACCUCUUCUCCAAAGUCUCCGUUCUCACACCCUGGCUGCUCUGAAACGGCCGGGCGCAUUUGUCUUCUCCCGCCCAUUCGGUCUCGUAUGGACCUUAUAUGGAGCGACUUAUGCGGUCGCCAAUGGAACUGAAACCAUCACAAAAGAGAUUUGUCCAACCAGAGUUGACCCGAUUACAUUUGCCACAACAUUCAUCGUCAAUGUUCCUCUCGGUGUCUGGAAGGAUAUCCGAUUUGCGCAGCUCUUCGGAAGUCGCAUAGAAUCGAGCGCAAAGGAUGCUCUUCGUGUGUCUAGCAAGGUCGUCUCAAAAGCUGCCACGGCGACCUUCCUUCUCCGUGAUGGAGUAACUAUUUUUGGUUCCUUCACCCUAGCCUCCUGGUGCUCGUCUAUGAUCCCCGAUAGUCUUGCCUCCCAGCCCAGCUCAAAGACGGUCAUCACGCAGAUCGUUGUACCCGUCCUGUCACAACUGGUAGCCACCCCGUUACACCUCCUCGGUCUCGAUCUAUACAACCGCCAGUCGGGGGUAUUGUGGGCGGAUCGAGUCGCUACGAUUCGGAGACAUCUGCCGUCUGCCACAGUCAUUCGCUGUGUUCGGAUUAUUCCGGCCUUUGGAUUUGGAUGUCUAACCAACAUUGGUUUGCGGGAGUUCUUCCAUGAACAGUGUGAUUGA